ACACACAGUUUUAACAAGUAAACAAAGUGACACAAAAAGAAUACAAACAAGGAGUGUUCAGUUUCUUUGUUUCACUUCUCUUACACCUUCAAUCCACACACAUUGUCACUAAAAUAACAAUCAUUCAUUUCACUCUCUAGUCUGAAACCAUUUCUUGUACCUAAAUUGUUUGAUACAUUGCUUGUUCAGUAAGAAAAAAAAAAGAUUUUUGUGAUGGGGUUUGUUGAUUCACAAGAGGGUAGUGGUAGUGAUUAUGGAGGACAAGGUUCAUCAUGUUCAUGGAGGUUUUUAACUAGAAGGAAAAAGGUUGACAAUAGCAGCAAUUCUCAUCAUGGAGUGCAACUUGCUAAGGAGUUAACUAUUCCUCAUCUUAUGGCAAUUGGUGUUGGUGCAACAAUUGGUGCUGGUGUGUAUGUUUUGGUUGGAACUGUAGCAAGGGAACAUGCUGGACCAGCUUUACCAUUUUCAUUCAUGGUUGCUGGUAUAGCAGCAGCUCUUUCAGCUCUUUGUUAUGCUGAGUUGGCUAGUCGUUUUCCUUCUGCUGGAAGUGCUUAUCACUAUGCUUACAUAUGUCUUGGUGAAGGGGUUUCUUGGUUGAUUGGUUGGUCCUUAAUAUUGGAAUAUGGUGUUGGUGGAGCUGCUGUCGCUCGUGGCAUUACCCCUAAUUUGGCUGCACUUAUUGGAGGAGUGGACAACUUGCCAAGAUUUUUAUCCUAUCAACGUAUUCCUGGGAUUGAUAUUGAUGUAGACCCACUUUCAGCAUUUAUGGUAUUGAUUGUUACUUGGAUCCUGUGUACUGGCAUCAAGGAGAGUACAAGGAUACAAAGUAUAGUCACAUCAGUGAAUAUAUGUGCUUUGAUGUUUAUCAUCGUAGCUGGUGGUUAUUUGGGAUUCAAAACUGGAUGGAUUGGAUAUAAACUCCCUACAGGGUAUUUUGCAUUUGGAGUAGAUGGAAUGGUUGCUGGUUCUGCAACAGCUUUUUUUGCAUACAUAGGUUUUGAUGCAGUUGCCAGCGCUGCUGAAGAGGUGAAAAAUCCUCAGAGAGAUUUGCCAAUAGGAAUUGCAGCAUCAUUGUCACUAUGUUGUGGAUUGUAUAUGAUAGUAUCCAUUGUUGUGGUUGGUUUAGUACCUUACUAUGAUAUCAAUCCCAACACCCCUAUAUCCUCUGCAUUUGCUGUCAAUGGAAUGCAAUGGGCAGCAUACAUUAUAAAUGCUGGGGCUAUUACAGCAUUAUGCUCAUCAUUGCUUGGUGGAAUGUUGCCCCAGCCAAGAAUUUUGAUGGCUAUGGCAAGGGAUGGACUUCUACCACCAUUUUUUUCUGACAUAAAUAAGCAGAGCCAAGUUCCUGUAAAGAGUACCAUAGUUACUGGCCUUGUUGCUGCAUCCUUGGCCUUUUUCAUGGAUGUCUCUCAACUUGCUGGCAUGGUUAGUGUAGGCACUCUUCUUGCAUUCACAAUAGCAUCAAUAUCUGUGUUGAUAGUCAGAUAUAUUCCUCCUUCUCUACAAGAACCUAUUGAUUCAGAGUCAAUGGAGUGUGGUUGGAGCCAUUUGGUGACAAAUGUAAAAGAUGAAAACAAAAAACCUUUACUUGUUAAAGAGGAUGUAUCAACUGAUUACCCACUUCUUGCUAAACAUCUUGCAAUAGAAAACUAUGUACAUAAUGGUAAUAGGAGAGCAAUUGUUGGUUGUGUAAUAGCAUCCAUAUGUUUAGGUGUAUUUGUCCUUACAUUUGCAGCUUCUUCUACAUAUCUUCCCAGUUCUGUUAGAUUUACAUUAUGUGGAGUUGGUGGCAUUGUUCUUUUGUCUGGCUUUGUCUUCCUAACAUGUAUAGAUCAAGAUGAUGAAAGACACAACUUUGGACACUCUGGAGGUUUCACAUGUCCACUGGUGCCUCUACUGCCUAUAAUUUGCAUUGUUAUCAAUUCCUAUUUACUUAUUAGUCUUGGGGGUGCUACUUGGUUGCGAGUAUCUGUCUGGCUAGCAUUAGGAGUUAUUGUUUAUGCAUUCUAUGGUCGAACCCAUAGCUCUCUAAAAGAUACAAUUUAUGUGAAGACUGCUCAAGUUGAUGAUACUAAUUACACCCCCACAAGCCUUCUUGCUUAAUUAUACAAGCCUAUGUUAUUAGGGGAAAUAUCACACCAUGUGGAUCUUUUGUAUCCCAAGCCAAAGAAUAUAUUGCCACUUCAUUAGUGGUAUAUGUAAUCAUCAUUGUACAGAAAAUGCAAAAUUUUUAUGGUUUAUAUAUAGGUCAUAGUCAUAGUUUUUUUUUUUUUUUUUAUUACUUAGAGAAGAAGUAAUUAAUCAUGUGAAAGAUGUAUUUUAUAAGAAAAAUAUAUGAAAUUUUGAUUUUU